UGUAUUUUUGAACUAUGAAUUAAUAUUUAGUUUCUUCUUGUCUUGCCCUCUCUCUCUCUCUCUCUCUUAAACAAUAGACUGACUGGGUCUUUCUGGCGUUGACUUGUUUAAGGAGGCUGAGCUGAGUCAGGAACAGUUCGUAUUUGGACUUACAGGUGAGUAAGAAACGCGUGUUGGGUUUUUGGAAGAACAGGUUCAGGCAAUGGGGGUAGGAGAGGAGAGAAUAUGUUGAAUCUUGAAAUUUUUGUAAUUCACUGGGAAUUUCAGCCAGUGGAAGAAAAAUAUUGGUUUUGAAACAGAGAAGUGGGAGAAUUGGUUGAAGUUUGAAUGGAUUCAAGAAACAAUAUAGGAGAUGCAUUUUCAGUCCCACAAGGGAGAGAAUAUGAGUUUACGGGUUCUUGGGUGCCAGCAACUCCAGAAAAGCAUAUUGCAACAAGAUAUAAUUCCAUGCCAAUUGAAGGGCUUGGGAAUGGGAAUCAUCAAGAACUGGCACGAAUUCCCACAGGUUAUGCACAGGAGGUGUCGAAUUCUGGAAGGGUGGCUCAACAUUUUGGCCAAUUGGGCGGAAAUUGGAGUUUGGCAGGAAGAGACAGCAUGAUGAAUUGCAUUUCAGGGUCCUACACACAGGCCCUUCAUCAUCAAAAUGGGAAUUGGAAUAGUAAUUCAUUUGUUGAUCUUUUGACAAUGAAUAAUUCAGUUCCUAUUGCCAGUCCAGAUAGAAGUCCAAAUAGAAGUAUGAACAGCAGAGGAAGGCUUUUGAUUCCAACUUUCCAUUCCCAAGUUAGCAGCUUGAGAGAAUCCAGAUCAGGAGAAUUGCUAUUCCCCAGCCAAACUCACUGCUUGAGUUCAAGCCAGUCGAGUAGCUGUAAUAGCCUACUUCAGAUACCUCAGCAUGGAUUUCUCAUGCCUCACAAUCCUGACUAUGACCUCAAUUCACUACCAAGUACAGCACCUGAUGCAGCAUCAACUACCACCAAUUCAUUUCAAUUCGCACCAGUAACACCACAACAGACCAAGAAAUUAGAGAACCAGCUCUAUGCGACUGUAAAUUCUCCUCAGGAAAAAGCCUUAAGUGAAGUAAAAGACAAAUGCCAUGAGCUAGUCGCAUCGGUGGUCUAUAUCCCAAAACGGCACAAUUCUGAUGAGCUCUUGCAUAAUAUCGUGGACUCAUCAUCUGCUGUCAUUUCUACACCAUUUGAGGAACCAAAAGAUUCUGGCAAAGAAAGCGACCAAGUUAUUAACUUGAACAAAACACCACAGCAGAAACAACCAAAACAGAAAAAGCAUAGGCCUAAAGUAGUCAAGGAAGGAAAACAGAACAAGACGGCAACCAACAAAAUAGCUGAUCCCAAGGAGAAAACGAAGAGAAAGUAUGUGCGCAGGAAGGGCCAGCAAGAAUCAGUAACUCAACAUCCAGAUUCUAUUGGAGGAGGGACUACUGAUUCGAAGGAGAAACUGAAGCAAAGGAAGCAUCUUCAAAAGGACCUGAAAGAUCCAGCAACUCAAAAUGUAAAUGAUAUCAGUGAGACUGCAUAUCCCAUUGCCGGAACUGCAGCACCAUCAUGUAGAAGAGCAUUGAACUUUGAUGACUUGGAAAAUAUCAGAGAUGAAGGGGAGAGCAAUUCAUUUGCUCGGCAGGAGAUACUGAAAAAAAAAGAGACUUUCAAUUCAAGUACAGGUUUUCAAGCUGCUGAUUCAAUCAAUAAAACUAACAUGAAGUGCAGAACAAAGUCAGAUAUACAGAUGAGACAAGACAGUGAGCUACUGUUGGGACACCAAUCAGGAGCAAAAAGUAACCUCACCUAUGCCAGCAAUCAAUUGUUGUGUAAUGACACCACAGUUUCAAAUAGAACAGAAGCCGGAGCCAUUUCAAUUUCAGACAAAAGAGAAGCUGCAGUCCAACCAGCUUCAACAAAAGAAGUGCAAAUGGAUAAUUUCAAUGUCAAUGCUAGAGCAACAGAUAUCAGAAUGCAGCAUCUCAGUGCAGAAGGAAUUGGCCAAAUUGCCUUUCCUGCAAAAAUUAUUUGCAAAAGCCGUGAAAGGAGCACACAAAUGAUGUCUCAUAAUACUCAAUCAGUUGCAGAAAUUUCACAUCAUUUCAUUGAUGGUAGGGGAUACAAGAGAGAAUUUGUUCAUGUUGAGCAGACAGGCAACUGUACUGCAAAUCCACCAGAUUAUCACUUAUACAGCUGCAUGUCUAGUGCACUUUGUUCGUUGACUCAAAAGAAGAGGAAGAUUGAAAAUGGAAUCUCGACAAAUACAAAUGGUUUGCUACCUUCUCAUGCAGCUGUUAACCAUUCAACGCUAAAAAUAAGCAGCAGCAACAAUGUCCACUCAACUGCAUUUACAGUUCAAAGGAAUAGGGGAAUACAGAACUCAUACUUGGAAAGCUAUAAUUUCAAGAGGAAAGAAAAUAAUAGGUCCACCAGAUUUCCUGCUGACUUGUACACACAUCAAGUGGCUUCUGAACAAGAUUUGUCAAAGCAAAAUAUAUUAUCUGGACCCAACGCAUGCAUGGAAAGGAUUGAAGAGACCAACAGAUCCACUAAUAUCCAGAACCUUGCCACCCUAACCAGAGUUGAGAAUUAUAACAAGCUCCUACCAACUGCUCCCAAAACAGGCCCUCAACCUGGAGAGCAACUACAACCCAAAAAUUCCAACAUUGAUGUGUCAAGAAAGCAGGCAAUGGGGCCCAAUCAAUCCAAACCUAUUCCAUUAAGGGAAGGUAAAAUGCUACAAAAACAUAAGGACGCCUUGAAAGAUCAGCAAUCGCCUGCUAAAAGAAGAGGGCGACCGCCAAAGCAAAGAUUCACUGCCACAACUGAAGAAAUUAUAUAUCGAAUGGAGUGUCUCAAUCUCAAUGAAAGGAGCAAUGAAAUGAAGGACAAAGCACAAAAUGCACUUGUGCCACACAAAGGAGGAGGCACACUCGUUCCAUAUGAACGGUUUGACUUGGUCAAGAGGCGUAAGCCAAGACCUAAAGUGGACCUUGACCCAGAGACAGAGAGAGUGUGGAAACCGUUGAUGUGGAAGGAGGGAUGUGAAGGCACUGAAGAAACAUAUGAGAAAAAGCAGUGGUGGGAGCAAGAGAGGAGAGUUUUCCGUGGACGAGUUGAUUCAUUCAUUGCAAGAAUGCAUCUUGUACAAGGAGAUAGGCGCUUCUCAGAAUGGAAGGGAUCAGUUGUUGAUUCAGUGAUAGGAGUCUUCCUUACUCAAAAUGUUUCAGACCAUCUUUCAAGCUCUGCCUUCAUGUCUCUAUCAGCAAGAUUUCCUCUUAAGUCAACAAGAAACAGAAUCAGUGAGAGGAAUGAGACAAGAAUACUGGUUGAAGAACCGAAUGUCUGCAUGCCAAAUCCAAAUGACAUGGUCAAAUGGAAUGAAAAGUUGUUAUAUAACCCUUUCUACAGUCGGAACUCUAUGACAUGCUAUGAAUCAACAGAAUAUCAGAGAGACAGUGAGACCUCAUGGACAGACAGGACAAGCAUUGUAGAGACUCACAGUCACAGCCCUCAAGAAGAAGAAUUGUCAUCACAAGAUUCUUUUGAUUCCUCAGUUAUCCAAAGCAAUGGAGUCGGAUCCUACUCAGCCUCCAACUCAGAAGCAGAAGAUCAUGCAAAUGAGUGCACACACAGCAAGAAUCCCAAUACAUCAUUAACAAAUCUUCCACAAGUUGAGAGCACCACCUUGUUUGAAGAGUUCUAUAGUCGUGUAAGUGGAAGAUCACUGUUUCAUUUGCAAUCAAGGCAAGGAAAAAAGCAAACAGAAUACAUAGAAAACAGCCAGCAGCAAUGGCCUAGAUUGGAAACAUUAGACAAUAGCUUAAAAGGCUCUCCUACAUUUUAUCAGCAAAUCAAUUUCAAUAAUCCAAAGAUGCAAGUACCAGUGGUUCCUUCUUGUAACUAUCAGCUGUACAAAACUGUACAAUCUGAGAUACUAGAUGAAGAAAGUGUUGUAUUGAACAGAGAAGAAAGCAUAUCUUCUUGGCCUUCAAGUGCCUCCAUAUUCAACAAGGAAAAAGAUGCAAGUUGCACAAGCAAAAGGGUUGUACAAGGGACAGAGAGUGUAGCUAUAUCAACAGCACAACAAUAUGGGUCAUCAAGCUAUCAAGAGACUCAAAUGGUGGACCCACAUUCUUUCCUAAGCAAGCAAAUGAUGCAUGAACAAAUCAGUCCUAAACCUUACCAUGGCUUCCAACCACAUAAGAUAGAAAAGACCUUCCAAUUGGAAAGAAAAUCAAUGGCCGAAACUGCAAAUCUUGCGGAUGCACAGGUUAAUGGGCAGUGCAGUUAUGAGCAGCACAUCUCAAACAUUCCCAAUCUAAAAGAAAAAGUUUUUGGCGUUCAAGAGAGAAUUGCUUUGGUGGAUAAGCACACACAUUCAGAAAAUGAAUUGGCUAAGUCAAAUUUGAAGGAACAAGUAAAUUUUACUAAUAUAGAAAACUUAAAUGCAAGAAAAGCAAAAGCUGGGGGCAAGAAAAAGGACGCUAUUGACUGGGAUAGUUUGAGGAAGCAAGUCUUGGCAAAUGGUAGAAGAAAAGAAAGAAGCCAAAAUACAAUGGACUCCCUGGACUAUGAAGCAAUGAGAUGUGCUAAUGUCAAUAAGAUUUCUGCUAAUAUUAAAGAAAGAGGGAUGAACAACAUGCUAGCAGAACGAAUCAAGGAAUUUCUGAAUCGACUGGUCAGAGAACAUGGAAGCAUUGAUCUGGAAUGGUUAAGAGAUGUUCCCCCUGACAAAGCAAAGGAUUAUCUGCUAAGCAUAAGGGGAUUGGGGUUGAAAAGUGUGGAGUGUGUGCGGCUCUUAACACUUCAUCAUGUUGCUUUCCCAGUCGACACAAAUGUUGGACGGAUAGCAGUUCGAUUGGGAUGGGUCCCUCUUCAACCAUUGCCAGAGUCACUUCAAUUACACCUCCUACAAUUGUACCCAGUACUCGAGUCAAUUCAGAAAUACCUCUGGCCGAGAUUGUGCAAACUUGAUCAACGAACACUGUAUGAAUUACAUUACCAGCUGAUUACAUUUGGAAAGGUUUUUUGUACAAAGAAUAAACCAAAUUGCAAUGCAUGUCCAAUGAGAGCAGAAUGCAGGCAUUUUGCUAGCGCCUUUGCAAGUGCAAGGCUUGUACUACCAGGGCCAGAAGAGAAGAGUAUAUUGACUUCAACUGUUCCUUUAAGAAUGGAGAAAGGCCCUGGCAUAGUUAUUGAUCCCAUAACAUUACCUCCACCUGGGGAGAAUCCAUUUAAAAGAGGAGUUUCAGAUAUUAUUAGUUGUUUACCUAUCAUUGAAGAGCCAGCAACACCUGAACAAGAACACACUGAAGUAACAGAAAUUGAUAUGGAGGACAUAAACAACGAGGAUACUGAUGAAAUAACAACAAUAAAACUCAACAUGGAAGAGUUGACAAUGAAUUUACAGAAUUACAUGCAAGCAAACAUGGAACUUCAAGAAUGUGACAUGUCCAAGGCUUUAGUUGCUUUGAAUCCAGAAGCUGCCUACGUCCCCACCAAACUGAAGAAUGUCAGUGGGCUUAGGACAGAGCACCAAGUGUAUGAACUUCCAGAUUCACAUCCUCUCCUGAAAGAGAUGGAUAAAAGAGAACCAGAUGAUCACAGUCCAUACCUUCUCGCAAUAUGGCAACCAGGUGAAACUGCAAAUUCAAUUCAGUUGCCAGAACAACAUUGUCAAUCCCAGGAACCAGACAAAUUAUGCAACAAAAAGACAUGCUUUUCAUGCAAUAGUAUCAGAGAAGCUAAUUCUCAAAUAAUCAGAGGAACACUUCUGAUACCUUGUAGAACAGCAAUGCGAGGAAGCUUUCCGCUCAAUGGCACCUACUUUCAAGUGAAUGAGGUAAAUACCAUCAAAGUAUUUGCAGAUCAUGAAACUAGCAUCAACCCAAUUGAUGUUCCGAGAGCUUGGAUAUGGAAUUUGCCAAGACGAAUAGUGUACUUUGGAACCUCUGUAUCAACAAUAUUUAGAGGACUUUCAACAGAAGCAAUUCAAUACUGCUUUUGGAAAGGAUUUGUUUGCGUGCGAGGGUUUGACCAGAAGACAAGAGCACCCAAACCUCUUACUGCCAGAUUGCACAUUCCAGCAAGCAAGCUAGCAAAGACAAAGAAUAAAAAACAAUGAAAAGUAGGCCACAGUCAUCUCUCUUAUGGCCACAUUGUGCUUUCUAGCAAGCAUGCUAGUGAAGAUAAAGAAUGAAAAACAAUGAUAAGCAGGCCAUGAUGCAGAGAUGAUCAAUAGCAUAAGUCUAAUAUGCAAAAGAUUGAUGACUUAGUGAAGAAAAGAGAUCAUUGGCUAACACAUUGUUGUACAUUCAAUUGUUCUUUGUGUAACAAGAGUGACUUGCCCAAUCUUAGCCUAGCAUAAAGAAAUUUUCAAUAUUGUUAAAUACCAUGGCAAGUGGGAUGUAGUUGAUAAAUGCAUUUAUAAUCAUUAUUUAUGCACUAUUCAGCAACAGUUUUUAAGGUA